UACGAGUUUUAAAGAGUUAAUUUAUAAAUGUAGUUUUACAGUUCGAAUUAUUAUUUCUUGAACUCAGUACAAGAGUAGAAAUAUGAAGCUGACAGCGUUUGUAUUCUGUUGUAAAUGUAGUUUCGCCGCUGGCUCCCGUAAAGCUUCAUUGUUGACGUUAGUUGUUGUGUUGUGUUGUCUUUUGCGCAACAGGAUGCUACUGGGCAUCAUGGUGUGGGAGGUGGUAACUCCAGCUGUGCUGUCCAGCGACCCCAAAUAUCGUAACAUGCAGGAUACCCAGCCUCAGGGUGAUCAUACAGGAAUGAUGAUGGAUGCAGCUGGAAACCAGUCACACGAUCUGCUGCACUGUGACGAACACCUCCCCUCUUCACCUGGCCUCCCUACCAGUGACAGUUACAUGGAAUACGAUGACCUUCCAGAUCUGCAAGAAGUUGGAGAAGAACCGACAGCGCCACCUGUUUACCAGGUGGAAGUCAAUGUGUCGCAUCAGGAGCGACACAGGCACACAAAAACACACAGCCAGCAGCCUCCAGACACACUCUGGCUCACACAGCUGGCACACAUCGCCACUGGACCUCAGAGCCCACUGCUACAGGAGCCUCAUCAUGGCAGCUCCUCUUCAGCCUGCAUCCCGAGCACCAGCAGUGAUAUACACUCCUAUGCUCGGCCUCCUCCUGCUCUCCAGAGUAGCGCCAUGUCGCCCCCCAGAGGCCACUGCAGGGAGCGCAGGCACAGCAGAACGAGCAGUGACUGUGGCUCUGCAGUAUCAACCAGGUCCUCUCUGUCUGAUGAUGAAGACAUGGGCUGGAGUUUCUCCUUCCCCCCCACCCCCUGGCACUGCUUUCUCAAAGGAACUCGCCUGCGUUUUCACAGCGGCUCUAAUGUGGAUUGGCAGGAUGUUGAGGACUUGGAGUCUGGUGAGGAAGACUGUGCUGAUGAGGAGCAAUCCAGAUUCCUGAAGAGUUAUGGCUCUGAGGGUCUGCAGCUCAUGGAGCAAGAAGAGACUGUGUUGUCUGGUCAGGCUGUCCUACAGCUGACCUUUGACCCUGGGGUAUUUGGACACACCCCCAUCACAGCACGAUGCCAGCUGGAUCACCCCUUCUAUGUCAAAAACAAAGGGUGGUCUUCCUUCUACCCGAGCUUAACUGUGGUGCAUUAUGGGAUACCGUGCUAUGAAGUGGAAGUAGGAGAUGUAUGUUUGCCUCCGGGACACAGAGAUGCCAAACACACAGAUGAUUCACUGGUCUUUGACACAUUCAGAAGUUAUGAUUUCACUCCUCUGGACUCCUCAGCGGUUUACGUGUUGAGCAGUAUGGCCAGACGUCGACGUGCCUCUCAGUCCAGCGGGGGAGCUGUUUCUCCAGACAGAGACACUUUACGAGAUACCAACAGCCAUUCCCACUCCAGUCAUCAAAAGCCAAGCAAGAUGGUGGGUAACGGUGCACCACCUGCAAAGUGCAAGCGGCCAAUGAAUGCCUUCAUGCUAUUUGCCAAGAAGUUCAGAAUGGAGUACACACAGAUGUACCCAGGCAAGGACAACAGAGCAAUCAGCGUCCUCCUCGGUGAGCGGUGGAAGAAAAUGCGAAGCGAAGAGCGGCGUGCAUUCACCCUGCAGGCUAAAGCCCUAGCCGAUGAGCAGAAGAGGCUCAACCCUGACUGCUGGAAACGUAAACGAACCAACUCUGGCUGUCAAGGAAAUUAAGGCCGCAGAGACAGAAACUAGCUGAGCCUGUAGGAGUUCACACACUCAAGUCAAACAAAAACUACUCAGAGGCGAGUGCUACGAUUUAGUUUUGUCUCAAGCUCCCAAAUUUGUCAGAUUAUCACUAACACCACAGUAAAAGAAUGAGCUUCUGAGCUGAUCUCAAAACAUGUUUAUUUUCCUUUUUUCGCCUCUAAGGUUAAAGUUUUUAAGUGUGAUUAUUAGCUCAUAGGAGUGUUUCUUCUCCUGCUUGAUGGGACAUAAUGAUAAAUCAGAUCAUCAGGUUUUAACUUUGAUCAUUAUGCAGCAAUGUGACAAUAGAAAAACAGAGAUUCUGAUCAUUUUCAGUUUCUCACCUUAAGCUUGAAACAGGUGGAGGGUUGUGGUGCUGUAGCAUUUUAACCAAAGUAGAAAAUGUAGCUAUUUUCCCAAAAAAUUAUAUCUUUAUAAUAAGAAAUAUACAUGUUAUUUUCUUUUUCUGUAUUACUUGUAUUUGGACUCAGUGUUAUUGCACAAGACUAUAUGUUAACUUUGCUUUUAUGUAGUUUAUCACAGUAUUUGACAAAUGUACACCAAAUGUGUGUAAACAAGGGCCUGGGUUCGUUUUUCCUCUUAACUUCAGAUAGAUUCCUUCAUUCAUACUGAGGUUAAUGAAAUAAAAAGGUAUCUUGUGGAGAUUCCAUGUACUAAUCAGUCCUGUGAAUUUGCAAUAUUAUUAAUCAAAUAUUAAUGGAUAAUUGUGAAAAGACAGUUCUGUUCCAGAGUCCUGAUCCACCUCUCAUUUCUUUAUGUAUCACCAGAAUUCAGAAAUAGUAGUAGUAAAUUGAUAACAUAUCAGUGAGAAUAUAAUAUAAAAGGCACCUUCAUUCUUUAACACAGUCUGUACCUUGACAAACUCUCUUGUGAUUUUCAGAAAUAGUUCUUCAGGCUUCUUGAAAGAUUUUCCAAAGCAGAUGUUGCUGCUUUCUGUUCAAGGUGAUCCCACUGUGCUUCAAUAAUGUUGAGGUCUGAGCUCUGGGGAGAAUUAGUCACACUAUAAAACCUAUUGCUACGAAUUUUCAGUCCAGUUCUUGUCAUUUAACACGUCUCAGCCAUUUCUACCCGCUUACCUUCUUUAACUCUUCAAUGUCCCUCCCUGCCAUUCGGUAGAGCAUAGAAUCAGUUUAUUUUAUCAAUAUUUGUAGAAGUAAGCCUGUCACAGCAUCCCUACUACAUCUACAUGUUUUAUCAUUACCUUUUUCAUUUAAACAUAUAGUUUUAAUCAUUAUGAGAAAAAAAUUAUUCAGAAAAACAGUAUAUGGAUCAACUGAAUGUCCAUUUUCCUCAGUUUUCUUCAGCACACUCUGCAAACGAUAUUGAGAUAUAGUUUUCUGCUUACACUUCUUUGGGAGUCACCUUGUUAGUACAGAAAUAAUAUUUGAUGCCAGUUAAACUGUCAUCUUUAGUAUUUCUUGUAGAUGCGACUAAAUCCAAGGGAACAAACUCUGUGUCUUUGUGACAGGCUGCAACUAACAAAGUGCCUAAAGAUAAAAUUUAAAAAUGGUAUCUAGUUCUUGACUUAGCUGUCUGUAUGUAAACACAACACUGGUUUGAGGUACUUCCUUGUUUUAAUUCUUAAAUGAUUUAUAUGUUGAUGUUAAGUGGUUUAGCAAACAAAAACACAGCCUUAUGAAUAUGGCCAGGUACGAGGGCUGGACUGAAAUGAGUAAAAAAAUUUAAAUAAAAAAGCAGCUUUUAUCUAAAGGAAAAAGUUGAAAGGCCUUUAGAAAGCCUGGAGUACCAUUGAAGACCACUUUAAAAUUUCUUUUCUCAACAAACAUUUGCAGAGCCCGUUUUUAAAGGUGCAUUUCUGCACAUCAUGUUGAGUCACUUUCCACCUGUCAUUGGUUGGAACAUGCAUUGCACCACCUGUGUGUGCACCCAGUGCAACAUGUGCUAAACUGGCACUACUAUAGGAUAUAUCUAAACUCCACAGAAAUCUUUUAUUUCCCUUUGGCUUUUAUGUUGUAAAAGGAAUAAGAGGUUGGAUUUCCUGCAGGAAGUACAUCCAAAGAUGCAUAUUACUUGAUCUGUGACUUUAGUUUGGAGAUUAAUAGUAGUUUGAUGUUGUCACAUGUACAAAUGUGAUUGAUUUUAACUUCUGUGUGCCAUAAUGACAUUUUCCGCUGUAUUGUAUCAUUUAUCUUUAAAGACAUAUAGUAGGGUUUAGAUAUGGGGUCAUUCAGUCAACUUAACAACUACUGUUAAGUGAUUAUUUAUCCUCCAUCUGUGCUGUUCCCUGAUUAAAUCAUAAACAGACAAAAACAGUAGAUGCUUUGGGCCAGUUUACUAAUGAAGUUUGGUUGUCUCUCAAUUCCAUGUGGAAAACAAGAAUGAUUUUUUUUCUUUUUUUUUAUAAAUAUAUUUCUAGUCAUCAGACAGGAAACUGUGUAUACUGAGAAACGUAAAUGACAGAAGGGACUACGCUUUAUCAGGCCAAUUAAAUCACUCAAUGGCUAUUGUGAAUAUUUUGUGGAGUUGACAGUCACAAGAAAAAAACAUUAGGAUGUUAAGAUUUAUUUAAAGAAUAUAUUUCUUUUAGUUCUCUUUGAAUGUGUUUACAUGCACCUGGUAAACAUCUGCUUUUCCAGUGAAAACAGGUGCUAGGUAGGCCAAGCCCCUCCCUAAAACCCCAGUCUACUCUGAUUGGUCGGUUCCAAUGGCCUAAUCUGAAACUGCACAUCAGUCGACAUUAUUUCAAACACUUUUAUUAAAACUUGUUUUUUUUAUUUGGUUAGAUCCUAGUGUAUAAAUGACAUACUGCGGGACAUAUACAGAACAUUUAAACAUCAAAUUUGAUUUUAUUUGGAAUUAAAUAACACACAAUUAUUUCCAAUUCAGUCCAGUCUGAUUCAUUCUGUAUCACUCUAUCAUGUCUUGCCUUUGAUCUUAGUUUUGAAAUUAAGAGGAAUAACACAUCAAGUCUGGGCCUUUGACUUAUUCUGGAACACGUUAAAUAAAACCUAGAAGGAUGGAAGCUGUUAUUAGACACCAUUUCUGCUUUUUAUUAUUUGUCCACAUGUAGUGUUCAGACAGCAAUUUGGCCAGUUACUCCAAACAGCACUAGGAUGACAGAAGGCGGAGUCAUCAUACCUCAGAAGCAAGACAAAGGGCUGAAAGAAAAAAACAAUUGUAGCCCUGUAAAAUUUGCAUUACCUCGAAUACUUGGUGCAUGUAAACACACACAUUGCUUUUUAUGUAAUUCAGCAGGUCUAUGGGAACCCAGAUGUGUGAGGCCUUGGAAAGGUUGCUUGAUGUAAUUAUAAAAGUAAAAAAAAGUUACAUGUAAAUUCACCACCUGAAGCAGAUGGUGAAGGCAGGGUGGGCACUCAUAUUCUCACUGCAUAACGAGGUCUAUCUUAAUGCACUAUAUACACUUUAUCUUCUGUGACUGCUACAAUACAAUGUGUAAUGACAUAUUAAUAUGAUUAUAUAGAAAUAUAUAUAUUUUUGGUUUGACUUAAUCUUUGGUAAUUUUUCAUGGUAUUACUUUGGAUUAUUUGACUAUUUGUCUUUGCUAUAAUGUCUCAUUCAGGUCGAUAAGGGGAGGCAAUGUAAUACAAUGUAUUAAAGUGAGAAUAAAAACAUAAUAAAUGUGUAAUGGUA